AUAAUAAUAAUAAUAAUAAUAAUGGAAAUAGAAGUCACAAGAAUGUGGGGAAUGAAGACAACAACAAUACCCGUCGUAGUGGGUGCACUUGGCCUCAGGGACUGGAAAAGAGAACAAAACGGAUUCCUGGAAACCCAACAGUCCAAGAAAUCCAGAAGAUUGUUCUUCCCGGAAGUGCCCACAUCAUCAGAAGGACGCUUUCCAUAAACUAACCCUGAAACUGCCUUAGAAGCAUGGAUUGGUUCUGGCACUUCAGUGAAAGCAUACAAAUAUACAAAAAUAUAAUAAUAAUAAUAAUAAUAAUAAUAAUAAUAAUAAUAGUAAUAAUAAUAGUAAUAGGCCAGUUUUCUGUCUGGAAGCAGAAUUAUUUAAUUACAUUUUUAAGCCAGAAAAGGACAAGUGUGCUUUUCCAGAUUUCAGAUUUAACUUCCAUGUGAAAUUUUCCUGCAGGUGAUCCUGCUUAUUUUUGUAGUUCACUCUUCUGCUCGUGAAUGCACGCCAAGGUAUGAUGAACAAUCUGAUCCAUUUCUAUUUCAGUCGUUUAGCCCACUUGUUUCAGCGUUUGUUGUGCUGACAGAUUCCAUAAGUCUAAAUGUGUUGUGGUGUAUUUUUCACUCCGUAGAAGGAAACUGUUAAAUUUAACCAGAGAUCUUCAGGAGAGGUGACAGAAAACGGUUGAAACGUUCUCAGGGUGAAUGUUCCUUUAUUUGUUAAGCAUGGUUCCUGCACAUUGGGCUGCAGCAGAACAUCGUGUGAUGUCUGUCCAAAAUCAAUGGGACGCUAUGGUUUUUUUGAGAAGUGACUCCCUGAUAGAUGAUAGUGUGAGAGAUCCAAACUUUAUAGUUUGUUGAUGUUUACUGUGCUUCAGGUUUUAUUGCUUCGGUUCGACCUCUGACCAGCUGGCCCUUCUGGAGGCCAGACUGCCUCUGAGUUGCAACAAAGGCCUGCUUGCUUUCUUGUUUUUAUUUACAAAUAUAUUUGACUUAAGAGCCAAAUGUACAAUAUUUCAUUUGUUGUUUUACUUGAAGUAUACAGUAGCUUUAAAAGCAUAUUGCAUUCAUUUGUUUCCCAUAAUAAGGAGAGUUUAGAGCCUUGCCUGUUGGCAUCACUUAUGUUGACCUGGUUUGCAAGCAUCACGUCACAAGUGAUUGUUUAUCUCUGUAAAUUAGUCAUCUGUCAAGAAGUCAUGGCUCAGUGCUCAUUAAAGGAGCUUACCUCAGACCUUUACAGGUGAUGUUCUGAAGCCAACCUGUCACAGUGACCUACAUGGUUCCAGCCGUCACACCCCUGCUAUUGUAACACGAGCUUCACCACUUGUCUAGCGUCACGGCCAGAGGUAUUUCCUCACCCCCACAGACUCCCAACAGAAGACAGCCGUAUUGGAUCAAAUCGACCCUGUUCACAGAAGUUUAGCUCUGGUGUUGGCACCCUGCCUCAGCUUGACCCGCCAGUGGUCCAGGUGGUGGUCAGCAAUGCCAAAAACCAGCACCAGCAGUCGGACAGCUUCCUGCCCCAGAUUACCAACCAAAGCGGUCAUAACUUCCAAACCAACUCGGUCGAGAGACUGAAGGCAACACAACAACUCGCCAUGCGAUUCGGCACAGCAAUGGAUAAAAUGCCAGUCUCCCGCAACAGCAAGAUGUUUAGCAACAAGCUGGAAAAGGAGAAAUCAUACGAAGGGCAAAGGUUACCCAUGUCUCCUACAGAGGCAUUGAACAACUUCAAGGAGCGCCUGACGGACUUUGAGCAGGAGGAAAUCAAUGACUACCCCGAGGUCUGGUUCCUGGGCCUGGGCUCCCAGAAAAUCCAGGGUUCCCAAGGAGCAGCGCAGAACAGCGGAUAUGAUGAUGAGCACGGGAGCUACAUCCGGGUUCUGCACGACCAUGUUGGAUACAGGUUUGAAGUUCUUGAGGUGAUCGGAAAAGGUUCCUUUGGGCAGGUCCUGAAAUGUCUGGACCACAAGACCAAUGAACUUGUGGCCAUUAAGAUGAUACGCAAUAAGAAAAGAUUUCAUCACCAGGCUCUGGUGGAGCUGAAGAUCCUGGAGGUCAUUAAGAAGAAAGACAAAGACAAUCUCCACAACGUCAUUCACAUGAAGGAGCACUUUUAUUUCCGAAACCAUCUUUGCAUCUCCUUUGAGCUUCUGGGGGUGAACUUGUAUGAGCUCAUCAAAAAGAACAACUUCCAGGGAUUCAGUCUGGCUCUGAUUCGUCGCUUUGCCCACGCGCUUCUCAGGUGUCUACAGAUGCUGCACAGGGAGAAAAUAAUCCACUGUGACCUCAAACCGGAGAACAUCCUUCUUUCUCAGCGAGGGCCCGGGAACAUCAAGGUGGUUGACUUUGGGUCAAGCUGCUAUGAAACACAAAGGGUGUACACCUACAUCCAGAGUCGCUUCUAUCGUUCGCCGGAGGUCAUCCUGGGUCACCCUUACAGCAUGGCUAUUGACAUGUGGAGUCUGGGCUGCAUCCUCGCUGAGCUCUACACCGGCUAUCCUCUCUUCCCGGGAGAGAGUGAAGUGGAACAGAUAGCAUGCAUAAUGGAGGUUCUGGGGAUGCCUCCAAAUGAUUUCGUUCAGUCGGCAUCAAGGAGGAAGUUGUUCUUUGACUCCAAAGGAAACCCGAGGAACAUCACUAACAGCAAAGGGAAGAAGAGGAAGCCCAGCUCCGUAGAGCUCUCUGCAGCACUGAAGAACAACGAUCCCUUGUUUUUAGAUUUUAUCCAGCGCUGCCUCUCCUGGGAUCCAACUAAACGUAUGACUCCUGAUGAGGGUUUGCAGCACCAGUGGAUUCUGGAUGGAAAUUUCAACAAAGUCCGAUCCAGAACCAAACCAGCAGUCAAGAAGACCACAGACAGUUCCACCAACACCGAGAAACAAGUCAAGCCCGAGGAGAAAACACGCUCAGAAAACAGCAGUAAAGAUAAGCCGAAGAGGGACGGCUCUGCAACUGGAACAAAGAUGGACUCUGAGGACCGUCUGCGGCCCAUCGGGGCCUCGGCGGAGGAGCAGGUGUGUGAGGGCGGAGGCAGAAAUACACAGCAGCAAGGAGAGAGGCCCAUUCAUAUCAUCAUCAAACCUCAGGAGCAAGUGGACCCCAAAGGGAAACAAAGCCAGGACCCCCUCUCACCAGUCUGAGAAAGUCAUGCUGCAUUCAUGAACAGUGGGGAAAAUGGGCGUUUAAGGAAGCCUGUAAUGGUUCGGCUCUGGACUGGAAAAUGGAGAGCUGUAAAACGGCCAUGUUGCUUUAUGAUGUCAUAGAAAUGAUUGAAAAGUCAGAAGAAAACAGAAAUGUACAGCAAUGAUCGUCUGUUCAUGUCAGUAGUGGUGUGUAUUUUUAGUUAUGUGGAAUGUUUAGAGGCCAGUGAUUUAAGUCAUGCUUUUAUUGGAGUGGAGAUCAAGUUUGAACUGUGUCUCAGAUCAGAGACACACCGUUUGCCACAUGAGAAUUCAGACUCACUGCUGCUGUUUCCUGCAGGACUGAAUCCAGUCUUUGCUGUGCAUUAAACACCUGCUUUAGAUCUUAAAUUUGUUUUUCAAAAUUCAGCGUUUUUAGACGCAUGCAUAGGUUUAUUAGGUCCUUCUAGAGAUGAUGUUACGUUAUUAUAAUACAUAUUUGUAGAACUGAGUGCAUUACGGCUGAGCCAAAUGCUUUUUAUAAGAAUAGUUUAAAAAUAGUUGUCUCUUACAUUUUAUUGUGAAGGAAGUUGACAUGCAGUAAGAAGUUUUUGGUUAUUUCACGUAUUUAUUGUGGAAAAUCUCAAAGCCUGUUUGACAAUUUUAAACAAACUAUAUAAAAUUGUGUUUGUAAAAUAAUUGACUGUAAAUAUUUCCACUGUAAUUUCUUAAACACAUGUACCACAGAACAUGUUUUAACGUUUGUUGAGAAUUGACACAAGGUUUUACUUGUUGUGCUGUUACUGUGAAAUCAUUUUGUACAUCUGUUAUUUCUAACAUUUUUUAUUUAGAUCCAAAAGGACAAUCCUGAUAGUUUGUGCCUUGCAGUAUUAGGAUCUUUGCACUUUAAUAUUGUCAUUCUACCCUUGGAUCAGAAGCUGUCACUUCUUCCUCAGGAUGAUUUGGACCGCACCCUGCCAGCAUCCUUUUGAACCUAACAGAUCUAUGUUAGUAAAGAUAGGCCCAUGCCCUCACUAUGCUCAGCAACUUUAUAUGAGAUCGGUUGUAGCUACAGAUAUGAAAAGUCAACAAAGUUUAUUUUAUGUAUUUUAUGAUAAAAUAAAUGUUUCAAAGGUC